CUUUAUUUGGCCUGGCGUAGGAAUCGUCCGCCUCAUAACCAAACUAGGAAGUAGCACAAAAAGCAGUCGUUUCUUUGAUCACAGACACAUUACCGGCACGUCAAGGAGGUUGCUGUAAUACAGCGACAAUUGACGAUGGGACUCGACUUCAUUCGAGCAGCUUCCUGCUCUACGAUCCUGAUGCCAUUUUCAUGGCAACAUUUGUCACCAAAGCAUGGAGUUAGUGUCCGUGCAGUAUGAGUACGAAAUCCAUGAGGGCCAUCUCAUAUCUACUGAGCACAAUGAAACCGACUUUUCGUUCUCCGGAACCUACGAACCCUGGCGGCGUGUUCGCACCAAGCAACAUGCCACCAGGCGUACCUCCAUCCCGGAAGUCGAUGCUUAUGCGACGACAAUGGUGGCCUGGGAAGCGAUUGGAGAUUCCUGCCAUUUCUCCACAUUUGGCAUCUGUGGUGGUGAGGCUGAUGUGACACCUGAAAGAAGCACAUGUGAUGGAGUAGACGCAUCACAUGAACAGGCGGGGUUGACUGUGAAUGAGGAGGAUCAGUCGGCCUCGUGUGAGGUCAUUGCAAACCGUGAGGUUGACGAUGAGAGCGUAGGAGCGCCAAUUUACGUCAACGUAGCUCAGCUUCGCCAGGACCCCAACGAAUUACAUCAGCUUCGCCAGGACUCUGGCGAAUCAAAGACCCUUCCAGACACUGACGGAUGGGAGGUGCACGUUGACCCGGAGAGUGGUCAGAACUACUACUACCACCCCGCCACGGGGCGCUCCACCUGGGAAAAACCCCUCGCUGAGCCUCCCCCUGACCCUGAACUGCACACCGCGUCACCCCCUCGGUCUCCCGCCUGCUUGCUGUCCACCUCCUGGGAACAGCUAGUGGAUGAACGCAGCGGGUGCCCCUACUUCCACAACACUAUGUCUGGGGAAACAUCAUGGGAGCCGCCGGAGCUGCUCAGCCCCUAUACGCCCCUGACAGAGCCCAUGAGCGUGCACCGCUUUCACCAGGGCGAGUCGCCUCAGUUACCCGAGGAAGACUACCACUCAGAAGAUUACCCAGGAGGCGCUAAUGGACCCGAACUGGGCGAGGAGUCCCCGGCCAUGGUGUCCCCCAUUUCUCACAGAGAAUAUGACCUCUCGCAUGUGAGCCGUGCCGUCAUUCCCCGGGCUGUCUUGGACCGCAGGGCGCCCCCUGGAUGGAGUCUCAGCGUGGAACCCGAUGGCACCUGGGUGUUUACCAAUGAGCACUCGCGGGAGCAGUGGGUCAAGUCCUUGGACGAUCUGGGGCAGACUUACUACUACCUGAAAGACGGCUCGAAGUCCCAGUGGAACCUGCCUGAGGCAGUGCCUUUGUCGCCAGGUCAGUCUCAGGAGGAGGAGGACGUCGUAGAGACUGACGUGAGCGAUGGCAAGAUCUGGAGACGGAAGGUGGGACCAUCUCAACUUGUGCCGGUCCAAGAUGACACACAGAGGUUCUUCCCGACCCACCAAAGGACCACGUCGGACUACAGUAGUGACAGCUCAAGCACAGGAAACUCUCCUGAGGCGCAGCCCACCAAUGUGCAGAACUUAGAAAAGGCUGGGAUUCUGAACAAAACAAAAGUGUCUGAAAACGGAAAAAAAGUCAGGAAAAACUGGGCUCAGACAUGGACGGUCCUACAUGGAGGCAUGCUGACCUUCCACAAGGACCCAAAAUCGACAUCUCCUGGAAUUUCGAACAAGACCAAUCAGAUUGUCCCAGAGGUGACGGUGGACCUACGAGGCGCCAUUCUUGGCUGGGCCUCGAGGGAUAAAUCGAGCAAGAAGAACGUUUUAGAGUUAAAAAGCAAGAAUGGCGUCGAGUUUCUGAUUCAGUACGAUACUGAGAGCAUCAUCAACGACUGGCACGAUGUAUUAUUGGACACCAUACGACAACUGGAGUACCAGGAACCCCACUCUGAGGAGGAGGACGGAAGUGACACAUACGAAAAGAUCGGCGGCGCGGAGCAACAGUUGUCUAAUGACUUUCGAAGGGGCUCUAGGCAAAGUGUCAGCAGCAAUAGCGGUGGAGAAACUGACCCAAAGAAGGUCCGCUCCAAGCUGAAAAAAUUCCUGACAAAGCGUCCGUCACUCCAGUCUGUCAAGGAGAAAGGUUACAUACGAGACAACGUGUUCGGAUGCCACCUCGGCACACUUUGCGCGCAGGAAAGGACCACUGUUCCAAGCUUUGUGGAGAAGUGUAUCGCAGCCCUGGAAAAGAGAGGUUUGGACAUUGACGGACUCUACAGGGUCAGCGGGAAUCUCGCUGUCAUCCAGAAACUGCGUUUCAAGGCAGAUCGCGAUGAACUAGAUCUGGAGGACGGCCAGUGGUUGGACCCUCACGUCAUCACAGGAGCACUGAAGCUGUUUUUCCGUGAACUUCCCGAGCCGCUUUUUCCCUACAGCCACUUCCAAAAAUUUAUCAGCGCCAUCAGAAUUCCUGAAUACUCCUCAAGGUUGAAAUCCAUUUAUGAAUUGAUCAAAUCUCUUCCGGCCCCAAAUCAUGACACCAUGAGGCUCCUGUUUGGACAUUUACUGAGAGUGAUCCAGUGUGGUGCAGAAAAUCGCAUGACGGUGCACAAUGUGGCCAUCGUGUUCGGACCAACGCUGCUGCGGUCCGAUGGAGAGUCGGGCAACAUCGCUGUGAACACAGUUUGCCAGAACCAGAUAGUCGAGUUUAUUCUCAACGAGUAUGAGUGCUUCUUUGAUUAGGGCCGUGGAGUUCAUCUCUUUAUUUGAAGAUUUAAUACAAUGGAUCUUGGGACUCAAUUGUAACAUAGAACUGUAUACAGCUAUUAACAACAGCAAGCUGUUGUGAAAUAAUGUUUGAAUGAAAACAGAAUAUCUAUGCUGUAUUUUAUUCGUCUAUUAAAAACUACUACUGUAUAUAUAGAUUAAUGACAGACUGGAGAGGAGGUUGCUACUAAAGAAAAUAUUUGUGAUGUAAAUAGAAAUAGACAGCAUCGAUACUCUGAAGUUUUAAAAAAUGUUAUACAAAAAAUGUUAUGCAAAGUAAUUCUGUAAUAAAAUAACUGA